AUGAGUACCAAGAACACCACCUUAACAGCAUGCAGCGCGCCUGUUCGAAACCGCAGAAACCAAUUCGUUUCCUUGAAUGCCGUAAUGGGGAUCUUUUCAGGCCUCUUUGUGCUCCAACGAUUCCUAACGAAGCUCUUCAUUAAUCUCCCUCUUGGCCUCGAUGAUCUAUUUAUUGUCUUGGUCAUGUGUGCUGCUGUCCCGUCUAAUAUCAUCAACGCAUACGGUCUGGCUCCUAAUGGCAUAGGCCGCGAUAUCUGGACUACGGUAUAA